ACAGAAAGUGGAGGUAGUGGACAGUGUUGGAUGUGUACAUAGAAUGACAGGGUGUACUUUGUCAGAGAGUGGAGGAGGAAGAAGUGCUGAAUCAAUGUUCUCUACAUUACGGUUUCAGUGUGUGCCUUAGCCGGCCUUUAUUGCUUGAACCUCCUCCAUGGAGGCAAAGUUCAGGAUUUCUCUCACGUUGAAUUACUGCAUUGAUUUGGAUGAAAUACACGGAGCACGCCGAGAUUGAAGGAAGAAUACACAUGCCCUUUGUAUGUAGCCAAUACUUGUUUAGCCCGGAUUUGGGAUCUAAAGAUUGAACUCUCCUCUUUGUAUUACCGGCGGUCGGUGGAUGAACCGAAAGAGAAAAGGAGUUGGGCAGUGAGCCAGGAAACCUGCUAGCAUGGUGGAGAAGAUAUGGAAUUCUUUCAAGAAGUUCACAUAAAGUUUUAUUUGUGGUGGGCACUCCUUUCUAGAGGUGAGGUCACUUCUACCGGCAGAGAGUGAAAUUACCCUGAGGUAUCCCAAUCUGCUUCAUAAUGGCGAGACGUUACUCUUGGAAGGUCAUCCUUGUCCUCAAUAGUUUGGUGAUAUGUUACGUCUUCUACCAGAGUCAGCAGAGCCAAACAGAACCUGGACACGACCGGUCGAGGAAAAGAGGAGCUACACAAUCAAAUGCUAAUUGUUCCCGUCUAAAAUCCCUUAUAUUACAUUCUACAUUGAAAAUAUUAAAAAAAGACGUAUUUUUUAAUUCAGUCAGGGCGCUACAAAGAUGUUGGAUUGAGAAGCCAUCCAAUCACGAGCUGCUGCAGACAAAUUUCCAGACAUGUUGCAAUGCCUCCUACUCGUUGGUUAUGACACAAGAGAAUACUCUGAUGGAACAAGUCAUUCAGUAUGAACCACAGAACAAAAAAUUCAGAAAUGUCACCGAGAGCCUUUACAGUCUCUUACCAGAGAAGUCUCCUUUCGAGAAACCAAUAAAACACUGCGCAGUGGUGGGUAAUGGUGGGAUUUUAGACAGCAGCUUUUGCGGAUCUGAGAUUGAUCGGGCCGACUUUGUGUUCAGGUUAAAUUUUGCUCCACUGAACAGGACGGAGGACGUCGGGACAAAGACUGAUCUUGUUUACGCAAAUCCAAGUUUCCUACUUACUCAGUUCAACAGUCUUAAGGACAGUAGGACAUCAUUUAUCACCAUGAUGAGGGAAUACGGCUCCUCUUUCAUCCUCCUACCAGCUUUCUCAUUUACUAAGUUCACAGAGGUCUCCUUUCGGACGCUAUACACCAUGGAAGACCUUGACUUGAAGAGCAAAGUUGUCUUUCUCAACCCAGGCUACUUACGGAAACUUAAUGCUCACUGGAGAAUUGCAGGACUUAAGUUUCGGCGACUGUCUCCUGGCUUAGUUAUGGUGAGUGUGGCGGCUGAAAUUUGUGAAAAAGUGACGCUCUACGGAUUCUGGCCCUAUUCCGAGGACCUGGAUGGAAUUUGGAUCCCCCAUCACUACUUUGACAAUGAACGCCCCAAACCUGAAUUUUACUCAUUGCCCGAUGAAUUUUAUCGGUACCUUCAAAUGCAUGCGCAAGGGUCUCUGCGUCUGCAUCUGGGACACUGCUAAUAUAUAUUUUUUUGG